CAUACCUCUGUAGCAUUUACGGACACAGGGCGGGGGUCCUCACCCGCAUGCGGGUGUCUGAGGUCAAGGAGGCUGUGGGGAACCCUGACAGCGGCUACCUCAUCAAUGUCAUGGACCACAAAACCGUCCGUAAAUUUGGGACCGCGCAAAUAUACCUGGAGCCGGAGGAGUACAGGUGGUUCACCCGGUGGCUCCAGCUCCGCAACCGGUCUGUGCCGCUUAACAACUACUUUUUCACGUCACUUGGCCGCGCGGAGGCCAAGGACUUGGUGAGAUACGUUCGUCGGGCCUGGUCCGAGAUGGGCCUCCCAGGUUCCCCCAGCCUCCUUGACCUCAGGACGGCUGUCUCGACAUAUAACUUUCAACAAAACGACGACGAGAUACGUAAGAACCUCUCCUCAUUCAUGUGCCAUAGUGCCGAGACCCAGGAGAGGUUCUACGCUCUACACAAGACUGUUCAGAGAGCGAUACAAAUGAGGGACAUGUUUGUGCAGCUCUCACUGAGAGAGGAAGAGGCAGGUCCCUCAUCAGCUGCCUCCUCCUCAUUGGCUGCCUCCUCCUCCUCAUCAGCUGCCUCCUCCUCCGCUGCCGCCUCCACCUCCGCGGCAGCCUCCUCCUCAUCCGCGGCCUCCUCCUCCGCUGCAGCCUCCACCUCCGCUUCUGAGGGCAGAGUAAGUGAAAACCAUGUAAUCACUAUCACACAACAGUCCAAAUUCACUGAGCUCAGUGUCAACCUGUUCUCUUUUCCGAAGGUUUUCUCACCAAAGAAGCCCAGGCUCACCACACAGGCCUUGGCCAAAAAGGUGAAGGAGAAGGUGGGCUUCUCCCCACGAAAGAUGGACAAGGCGAGGAGGGCCCUUGUCAUGUUGAAGAAAAUAUAGUUUGUGUUUAGUGUGUGUUGUGUGUUUUUGUUCUUUGUUCAAUUGUUCAUAUUUAAAGUUCCAACUUGUUCUAUAAUUGUUCAUAUUGUUCAUUGAUUGUUUACAUUUAUGUUGUUGAAAAAACAACAUAACACAAAAAUGUGUAGUAUCUGACUGGUUCAUCCUAAAACCUGAUUGAUAUUUCUCUAAAAUAUUGUUUCUAUUUAAAAAAUCAUUCACUUGGUUAAAAAACAGUUUUUCUAAAAUCGUACUAAAAGACAGUAAGUAGGAUACAGGUCAGUAAUUAUUAAGAGUGUUGGGAUCUAAAUUACCCUUCACCACUGCCGUUUUGAAGGCAGCAGGGAAGACACCCGUCUCAAGAGAAUAAUUUACUAUGUUUAAAAUCUGUUCCUCAAAGAAUCCAUAAAAUGUUUUUGAAAGUGAUGUGGGAAUCGGAUCUAAAAGGCAGGUUGUUGGGUUUACCUGGGAGAAAACUCGACAAAGUGUCCUUGGUCCAUCAACCAGGGCAAAACUCUCCAGUGUUUCUUCGGAUAAAAGCAACUGUUCAUGUGUGUUAAAAAUUACAUUCUGUUGAGAUAAAAGACUGGAUCUGAUAUUAUCGAUUUUAUUUCUGAAGUGGUCUGCAAAGUCCUUGCAGAGGACGUCAAUUGGCAUCUUGGAUGAUUUAUUAAAAUUGGUGUUGGUUAAAGGGA